AUGGCCAACGGUACCGGCACUGGCCUCCACGUAGCCAUCAUAGGCGGCGGAAUCACAGGCGUAAUCCUGGCGCUUGGACUUGAGCAGCGCGGAGUAUCCUACACGCUAUACGAGCGCGCGCCAGCAUUCACAGAGAUUGGGGCCGGCAUCGGAUUCAGUCCGAACGCAGAGCGCGCGCUCAAGGUCGUCGAUCCCAAAGUAUACUCAGUAUACAAGAAGGUGGCGUCGACGACGGGGGAUGAAGAGGAUUAUUUCAACUGGGCCGACGGGCACAAGUCCAAUGAGAUGAUCGCGCGCCUUCUUAUCGGCGUCGACGCGUUUCAAGGCGGCAGGCGGUCUGACUUCCUCGAGGCAUGGUCGACGCUGAUUCCGAGCGAGAAAGUGAGGUUCGGCAAGGAGUUUCUAUCAGCCUUUGAGAGGGAGGACGGGAAGGUGUCUCUGAAGUUUAAAGAUGAGGGUGUAGAUGAGGCGGAUAUAGUCAUUGGUUGCGACGGUAUUCGCUCGCGGGUGCGCCAGAUCAUCCUCGGCGAGAAUUCCCCUGCAGCACAUCCGAAAUACACGAACAAAUUCUGCUUCAGGGCGUUACUGCCCAUGGAUAAAGCACGGGCGGUUCUCGGCACCACCAGAACCGAGAGCCGGUUUAUGUACAAUGGGCCAGGCAGACACGCAAUAACGUACGCGGUCGCCAACGGGGCUCUCCUAAACGCGCUUUUCGUCAUCCAUGAUCCGAACCCGUGGCCGUUUGAACGCCACACAGCGCCAGGGACAAAGCAAGAAGUCGUCGACGCAUACGCGGACUGGCAUCCCGCCGUGCGGGGUCUCGUCGACCUGCUCCCCGAGAAGUUAGACAAGUGGGCGAUUUUCGACAUGUACGACGAUCCAGCGCCGUAUUACAAUCGCGGGGCUAUCGCGCUCGCUGGCGACGCGGCACACGCAUCUGGUCCGCAUCUCGGGUCUGGCGCCGGGUUCGGCAUUGAGGAUGGCUUGGUGCUAGCUACGAUACUGCAAGCCGCAGACGAAGAAAUCCGAGUGAACAAGAGGGCAAAGGCAGAAGUAUCUCACUGCGCCCUUGAAGCUUAUAACAAGAGGCGGUAUGACCGUAGCGGGUGGCUGCCUGGGGCGACAAGAGAGGCCGUGGACCUCUUCCAGAUGACCAAAAAGGAGUGGCAUGACGAGGAUCGUGAAAGCUACUUGCGCGGAGUUAGUAGGCUGUACCACUACAUCUGGGAUCAAGACAUCGACGAGAUGGUAAAAGAAGCCACAUUGGCUUUUCACGACCAAAUGCACAUGACAGCGGCAUAG